CUUUCCCUGUCAAUCAAAGUGUCAAUCAAACAGCGGCGAGCCUUUGAAGUGGAGCAGCCGCCGCCGAGUCUCCAACAACUUCACUCCGAGCAGGAGAGCCAGCUCCUCGGCGUGCCUUCACUAACAAUUACCGCUCCUGCGAUUUAUUUACUCACUCACAGAUAGCGAGGGGGGCAAGAAGAACAAGAAGAAGAGGAAGAAGAAAAAAAAAUACUUGCGACGGAUUAACAGCCCCCCCCCCCAACACUCCCCACUCCCUUUUUCCCCCCCGAACGAGUUGCAUCAAGUCGAUCACUUUAUAUAUUUUUUUAAAAAAGAGAGAAAAGGCGCAUUUUUUUAAAGAUGCCGCAGCUAAACAGCGGUGGCGGCGACGAUCUGGGGGCCAAUGAUGAAAUGAUUUCUUUUAAAGAUGAAGGGGAGCAGGAAGAAAAGAUCUCGGAGAACGCUUCUGCAGAAAGGGAUUUAGCAGACGUCAAGUCUUCAUUAGUAAACGAGUCAGAGACCAACCAAAACAGUUCAUCAGACUCGGAGGCGGAAAGGCGGCCGCCGCCUCGGCAGCCAGAAACUUUUCGGGACAAAUCCAGGGAGAGUUUAGAAGAAGCGGCGAAGAGGCAAGAUGGAGGGUUGUUCAAGGGCCCACCAUACCCUGGCUAUCCAUUUAUUAUGAUUCCUGACCUGGCAAGUCCUUACCUUCCCAAUGGAUCUUUAUCUCCCAGCGCGAGGACGUACCUGCAGAUGAAAUGGCCAUUGAUUGAUGUACAGGCAGGGAGCCUACAGGGUAGGCAAGGACUGAAGGAUGCUAGGUCCCCAUCUCCAGCACAUAUUGUUUCUAACAAAGUACCCGUUGUGCAACAUCCCCAUCAUGUCCACCCGUUAACGCCACUGAUAACAUACAGCAAUGAACACUUCACACCAGGUAACCCUCCACCACACUUACCAGCAGAUGUGGACCCCAAAACAGGAAUUCCUAGGCCUCCACAUCCUUCAGAUAUUUCUCCCUAUUACCCACUCUCGCCAGGUACCGUCGGCCAAAUCCCCCAUCCACUAGGAUGGUUAGUACCACAGCAAGGUCAACCUGUUUACCCAAUCACAACAGGGGGAUUUCGACAUCCUUACCCCACUGCACUCACCGUCAAUGCUUCCAUGUCAAGUUUUCUCUCUGGUAGGUUCCCCCCACACAUGGUUCCACCACAUCACAGUUUACACACAACAGGAAUUCCUCAUCCAGCCAUAGUCACACCGACUGUCAAACAAGAGUCUUCCCAGAGCGACAUCGGAUCCCUCAAUAACUCAAAACAUCAUCAGGAUGCCAAAAAAGAAGAGGAAAAGAAAAAGCCACACAUAAAGAAACCUUUGAAUGCAUUCAUGUUGUACAUGAAGGAAAUGAGAGCAAAGGUAGUAGCAGAGUGCACGCUGAAAGAAAGUGCGGCCAUCAAUCAGAUCCUUGGCCGAAGGUGGCACGCUUUGUCUAGAGAAGAACAAGCAAAGUACUAUGAAUUAGCCAGAAAGGAACGACAGCUUCACAUGCAACUUUACCCGGGCUGGUCAGCACGAGAUAACUAUGGCAAGAGGAAGAAGAGGAAAAGGGAAAAGCAGGCAGGGGAAACCAAUGAUGCAAAUACUCCAAAGAAGUGUCGGGCAUUGUUCGGGCUAGACCAACAGAGUUUAUGGUGCAAACCUUGCAGUAAUUGGGCGUCAUACCAGCUACAAGCUCGUUCAGAGGAAACUUUCAUUUUCAGGAGAAAAAAAAAGUGCAUUCGCUACAUACAAGGUGAAGGCAGCUGCGCCAGCCCACCCUCUUCAGAUGGAAGCAUAUUAGAUUCUCCUCCCCCUUCUCCUUCCAUGUUAAGUCCGUCUACAGCAGACUCUGAUCCACAGACUGAACAAAUGCAACCUCUGUCACUCACAAUGAAACCUGAUCCUUUGGCCCAUCUUUCCUCACCAUCCUCUUCCUCAGUCUUGUCGACAAACUCAGCACUCAAGUCCAGCGCAGUUUCAGCUGUUAGUUGCCAGAACGGGGCAUUAGAGCACCGAUCCAUCACCUUACACCAAUCCACAUCCUCGUCUUCAUCGCAGACUCGACCUUCGACUUCAUCCAUGUCAAUUGUCCAUUCCCACGGUGCUUUGCAAGAGACACAGUCCCAGCCACUUUCACUUGUAACCAAGUCUUUAGAAUAGCUUUUAGCAUAGUUGCUGGUGUUCUUUUUAUUUUGUUUGUGCCAUAUGGCUACAUGUCAGUAGAUGUUAUGGAGUGCAUUGGUCAAUAUUUGACCCAUUGUUAUUUCAAGGUCCUCUUUGAAUAUGUAGGAUAAGCCUUGAGAGAUCCUGCCAACCUCUUGUCAACCAUUGCAAAACCUUGUAGUGUUCAUCACUGUUAUGUCGCUCUUACUGGGUGGAUUCUUUACUAGUAAGAGACUGAUAUCAAAUUCAAAGAAGCCCUUGUGGAAGGAGUUGGCUACGCUGUAUUAUUUGUAUUAAAUAAGAGCUUGCGAACCAAUCAUUUUACGUCCAUUUUAUCCUUAAGGGCACAAUGAAUGCAGUGCCACCUGUUAAUUGUGUGGAACAACUUUUGUGAUGUUGCGUGUUAUUGUUUAAAUGUACAGAAAUAAUGGGGAAAACUGUGUUAAUAUGCAUUGUUCCAUGGCGUUGUUUUUUGGGGGGGGGGGGGUUGCAAAAAGAAAUUACAACGCUAUAGGACCAGUAGUAUUUAUUGCUUUAGAGAUGCUUGUUGUAUCAUGUAUGUUGUCUUUUAAAUAUUUUUCAUUUCUCCAAACAAUGUAUAAAGUUUUUUUUUUUGCUUAGUGUAAGCAUCUUAUAUAUGAAAAGAUUCAUUUACCAAGGAUUUCACCUUUUUUCCUCUGUUGUGAUACAUGACUGUCACCAAAUGGAUAAUGUAGUGGCAUUGUAAAGAACAAAAGUGCACAAAAUUGCUGAAAAAAAAGCCAUUGUACAAAAGAAAACUUGAAAGCGAUUGGGGGAGGGAGGGGAAUGUUUUUUGGAAUAGCACAAAAAAACAUCUGAUCACCCAUCUAAAGCCCCAAAGUGGACUGAAGCCUCAACCCCUGGAAUUGCUUAACCUAUAUUCUAUGUAUGUAUUCUGUGCCAAACUUUUUUAAAGGUCGAUACAUCUGCCCUCCCCCAUUUUUGCUGUAUUUUGGUCCUUUUUAGCUGUGAGGUAACAUAGGUAUGUUUGUAGAUUUAAUGUUGCUGACUAGUUUAAGCUAUAACGCAAUGUGUUUGGUAGCUAUUGGCAAAAUCAUCCAAAAAAUCGUAUAAAGCAAAGCAUUGAAGGGUGAGAAUUAAUAAAACCCAUAAGGGCCAAAUUUUCUGUACGUUGGGGAAAUUACUCAAAACUGAAACUGCCACUUUUUAUGUACACUACUAUCAGUAGGUAUUUAGUAAAUUUUAAAAUAGGCAUGUUGAUGUUGCAAAGGCUGUAUACAACUGAUGAAAAAGUUCAUUCAUUUGGUGCCAUUGUAGUAGAAAUUAAGCAGUUGUAUAGCUGUUUUUUUUCAAUUUUACUAAGAAGCUGAUGACCUUUUGUGAAUACUCUCAAUGUUUCCUAACAACUGUGAUGUUCCUGUUCUGUUUUUUGCUCCUUUUUUUCUUUUCGUUUUUGAAACCAUUUUUGUAAUGAAUCAAUGUUCAUGCUGUACAGUAUCUGUAGCAUGCAGUUCUGGAUUAAUAAAAGCAACUUAGUACGUGCAGAGAA